GUAUUAGUAAAGAAAGAAAUUCGGAUGAGAAAGAUAUGAUAUCUGAGGAAGAUAACCAGUUUGAUGAUCCAUUAGAAAUGCCAACAAAAGAAGAUGUAUAUGAGAGAUAUUAAACCAGAAGAAGAAGAGGAAAUUGAAGAAGAAUCUGCUAGUGUGACAAUGAAGUUUGGAGUUGGUGUAGCACUUGUUGUUGCUGCACAUUUUGUCCUUGUGAAACGAUGGAACCAUGACGUUAACUUUGUUGAAAAUGAGUCUAAAAUAAUUGAGUCUGAAAAAAGAGAUAAAGAAGAUAACAUACUUUUAACAGUAAAAAGGAUAUCAGAAAUAGAAAAGGAUGAAAAACAGAACAAAGAAAAACUUAAAAAGGAAGAAGAAAUCAUAGAAAGAAAGAAAGUUGAGAAGGAACCAGAAAAAGAAGAAGUAGAGGAAGAGGAGGAGGAAGAAGAAGAAGAAUAUGAAGAGGAAGAAUAUGAGGAAGAGGAAGAUGAGGAUGAGGAAAAGGAGAUAAUAAGAAAAGAUGUAAAAGAGAAAACAAAGGAAUAUAAGAGAAGUAUAAAACCAGAGAAUGAAGAGGAGAUAGAAAUUGAAUCAAAUCAGCAGCAGGAAUAUGGUACAGAGGAGGAAGAGAUAGAAUCAGAGGUGGAAGAAGAAGAAGAAGAAGAAGAGGAGGAGGAGGAAGAGGAGGAGGAGGAGGAGGAGGAGGAAGAGGAGGAGGAGGAAAAUUUUGAUGAUUCUGAAUUGAUUGCUAAACUUGAAGCUAAAUAUGGAAAGCUAGAACCUAAAUAGCAUAUUGAAGAGAACCAAAAAUAUGUUAGUUUGUUGUGAUAUUUUGAAAUAUACAGUGUAUGUAAAGUAUGUAAAAGUAAAUGAUAAAAGUAAUUUCUAUUGGUGCAAAAAGAAAAAUAAACAGGACUUUAUAUAUAAUUAAUAAUAAUAGUAACCAAAGAUUUGAUAAUAAAAAUUGAAUGACUCUUAACGAGCAUGGAGGAUCUAUUAAUUUUAUACAGCUUUAUGUAAACAAAGUACGUAGCAAGUGUGUGUAUAUAUAUAAUUAAUUAAGUGCAGUUUUUUACGUACAGAGUCAGUGGAUACAGUAGCAGGACUUACAAUCAAAACAAAAGUUAAUGAUAAAAUAAAAGCAGACCAUGUAGAUAACAA